AUGGGCUCCUCCGACAUCCCGCCCCCUUCAGCACCAACGUGGCUCGUCCCCGCCUCAACAGCUUGUCUGUCAACAGGCAUAACCUUCUGGCUCAUCGCCUACAUCCUCAUGGUGCGUCGCUCUCUUGCCACGCAUGCUACGCCCGCUCCUCUUCUCGCUCUGGGCCUCAACCUCGCAUGGGAAGUCGUCUACGCGCUUGGCGUAUGUGAGGCCCCCAUCGAGACAUUCGGGUUCACGCUAUGGCUACUCCUUGAUAUACCCGUUCUAUACGCCACGAUCAAAACAGCCCCGCGAUCUUUCUCAACAAGUCCUCUCGUUGCGCGCAAUGUGCCGCUGCUGCUGUUCAUCAUCUUUGUCGCGGGACUGGUGGGUAAUGGCAUGUUUGUCUGGUGGUGGCUCAAGGAGCCGCACCGUGGGUACGGUAUCAAAUGGGGGAAGACUUGGAAGGGUCUUGAGGCGAGGGAUACUACCGAGUUGGCCUUUUGGUCGGCUGGUGUGGCGCAGAUGAUAUUCAGCGUGUCGGCAUUGGCUAUGCUUCUCCAGCGUGGCCAUUCUGGCGGUCAGAGCUAUGCAAUUUGGUUUUGUCGCUUCGUCGGCACCGUCAUGGGUCUACCUAUUUCCUGCAUAAUGUUGUGGUGGUAUUGGCCAGAGGCCCACGGCUUUGUCUUCCAUCCUCUCGGCCUCUUCUUCGUUGGUACCUCGAUCCUCUGUGACUUGGCGUACCCGUUUCUGUUGGCUUACGUUCGAACCACGGAGAGGGUUUUGCCCGAUGGAAGUCUAACAGAUGGAAGAAUUGAAGCCGAAGCGGUGAAGAAGCAACAAUAG